AUGGCCAACAACAGCCAUACGACAUCUCAGAGUAGUUCUACGCACGAUGGCGGAAAUGGUAGCAGGCCCCGACUAGCCACCCUUCCGUCUGACGUCUCCUCUGGAUCCCGACCUCCGCCAACGAAAUCAUCGAAGGCAGAGUCAGUCUCAGACACAUCUUCAAAAGGCAAAGAGAAGAUAAAAUAUCAGGCAAAGGGCAAAGACACAAAGGCGCCUCGUGGUAGAGGCGGAGGAGUGCCGAUCAAGAAGACCGUCGCGCCGUCACCUGGCCCUCCCGUCUUCAGAUCUGAGUCGUCAGCGGGUUCCUACGCUCUUCCGCCUGACCAGAAAACAUGGUUGAACUUCAAGAUAUGGACCGACGGAAGAGAAGAACUGCGUCCAUACGCCGGGUUUAGCUAUGACGAAGAUAUGCAACACGGCAGCGUACUCAUAUACUUCAAAGAGGAAGUAGACGAGGACCACCCAAUCCCCUCGAUUCGGGCAGACUUGGAUAUCCUCCAAAGCUCGGGAUCCACCUGGCUGAGCAAUGCCCUGCUGUAUAGUCUCAUCGAUGAUAACGACGUGGAUGACUGGGCUCUCUCGGAAAAUGCAAGUUCACCAUCUCAGCCUUUCUCGCCGAAUUUCCCACAGCCAGCACAACGACGAAUGCUAGGGCCCACAUCACCCGGUGGACGGUCUCCACCGCCCUUCGACAUCGAUCAGUCACAUACCAGCAUAGAUUCUCGGGCUACUUCUAGGGCUUACCAUCCAUCCGAGGCCUCUCAUGGGCGCCAACCUAACUCGCCGCCUCCCUUCCAGCAGGGCUUCCAACGGAAUCCAACCCAUGAGAUAUGGUUUACUGCGCCUGACAACGUGAAGACACCACAGGCACAAAGACUUCAUCAUGUUGCUAUUCGUAAUUUCCUGGCCAUGUUACAUGGCAAACCCAUAGUUGGAUCGGACGUGUUCGAUAUGCUGAGCACGCUGCAACCUCAAAUACACGUCAUGUACGAUCUCGACACGGACACACGAUCUGGAAUGACAGCCAGAGAACGAAGCGUGCAGAUGAUUGUGGAAUAUCUCGGCCGGUAUGGAAUUGACGACCUGCGCAACAACAUUCGACGAGCUCUAGGGCUUCUGGCUUGGGCAGAACAGGAUAGUGUCAAGUGGCGACAGGGCUACCUCGAAAGCUUUGUUCACCUGGCUGGUGUCAUGACGCAGGAAAUUGAGGAUCAUCCAGAUUUCAAGCGACUGUCAGUAGUCACAAGGCGGAACCUUGGGUUGGCUGCCAAGACACUGCAGUUGCGCGUCAUGGAAGCCGAGGAGAAGCUGUCCACAUUUGAUUUUGGUGAUCUUUGGGAGGACAAGUUGAAGACCGCGAACAGCCCAGUCUACCAAAGCUAUCAAUCGUUUCGCCAGUUCCUUAUCGGGCAUUUCACACGCAUCUACGGUAACUGGCCGCCGACUUCCGACAAGACAUGGCUUAAUCGCAAGGUUGUAAAUGCCAUGCAAGAAGACUUUGGUUCGCUAUAUGACUACUUCGUCGAUAGGGAGGUAAUAUGGAAUCCUCGAGAGGAGCGGGCCUCCCGUAAGUGGGAAAUGGCCCAUAGGAAGAACGACAGCUUCAGGGCAGACCUGCCAGAGCUGGGGAUGACAGAUAUGCUGGUCACCUAUGAUGCGAAGAAUGGGUAUGCGCAUAUCCCGCAUCCGUACCCGUUACUUCCGAGAGAAGUGCCAAAGACAAGUAAAGACAAGGAGAAGAAAAGCUUCUUUUCGUCGUUGAAGAAGGACAAACCCAAGGAUGCUACGAAAGACGCGAAGGCACAGCUGCAGCUCUCCAUCAUCUUCAGCGAUGCAACGAACAUUGAGAAGCUAGAUGUCAACUUCAACGGUAAUUGGUACACGACUGCCAUAUUGAUGACACGUACUGACAUUCGAUAG